UAAGCACAGCUCCAACUAUUAGUAUAAAUAAGUAAUAUAGGUACCAAUCGAUAUCUACACCAAUCAAACAAGCCAUUGCAAAACCAUGUCUUUAUUCAGCUCUACAAUGUCUUCGUUAGGGAAACAAAUACUUAGAUUAAACUGUCUAUUCUUAGUGCUCACGGUAGCUUACUGCACCCCUCCAGAAGAACCCAUUACGUGUACCAAAGGCAACUCAAACUGCACCAUCACCAACUCCUAUGGAAUCUUUCCUGACCGCAGUAUCUGCCGAGCAGGCGGCGCCGCCUACCCUGCGACGGAGGCAGAGCUCAUUGCAGCCGUUGCUGACGCAACCAGAAAAGGAUUGAAAAUGAAGGCGACCACCCAGUUCUCUCACAGCAUUCCCAAGUUGGUUUGUCCCGGCGGAGAAGAUGGGCUUCUCAUAAGCACCGAGCGCCUGAACAAGGUGCUGAAAAUCGACGCUGCAACGAUGACGAUGACGGUUCAAAGUGGAGUGACGCUUAGGGAUCUCAUUAGUGAGGCUGCAGAGGCCAAACUGGCCUUGCCUUACACGCCCUACUGGUGGGGUUUGACCGUUGGAGGCAUGUUGGGCACCGGCGCACAUGGCAGCACACUGUGGGGCAAGGGAAGCUCGGUUCAUGACUAUGUUAUUGGGCUUACAAUCGUCAGUCCCGGCACGGACGUUGAUGGAUUUGUCAAAGUCCGGAGGCUCAAGGAAGGUGAUGAAGAACUCAACGCAGCCAAGGUCUCACUUGGAGUUCUUGGGGUUAUCUCACAGGUGACGUUUAAACUAGAGCCUCUGUUCAAAAGAUCCAUUACUUACGUGACCAAGGACGACUCCAAUUUGGGAGAUGAAGUGAUAAGUUUUGGUAGGAAGCACGAGUUUGCGGAUAUAACAUGGUAUCCGAGUCAGGAAAAAGCAGUUUACAGGCUCGAUAACCGAGUUUCUAACAACAGUAUUUCUGCCAAAGGUUUAUACGAUUUCAUUCCAUUCCGUUCUUCCCCAUCUGUAGUUCUUGCACUUGACCGAGUCACAGAGGAGAAUCAAGAAUCAUUACAUGAUGCUGAUGGGAAAUGCAUUAGUGCGAAGCUUGUCACUGCAUUUCUUACCUCAACUGCUUAUGGUUUAACAAACAAUGGUAUUCUCUUUACUGGAUACCCAGUGAUUGGAUCUCAACAUAAAGUCCAAUCAUCAGGAUCAUGUUUAGAUAGUCCUCAAGAUGCAAGUAUCACAGCCUGUGCAUGGGACCCCAACAUUAAGGGUGAGUUCUUCCACCAAACCACAUUUAGUGUAGCCUUGUCCUCGGCCAACAGCUUCAUUAAAGAUGUUCAAAGCCUUGUCAAGUUAAAACCGAAGGCCUUGUGUGGCGUAGAACGCUACAAUGGAAUUCUCAUGCGUUAUGUCACUGCCUCGAGUGCUUAUUUGGGUAAGGAAGGGGAUGCGAUAGACUUUGAUAUCACUUACUACCGAAGUAAAGAUCCAAUGACUCCCAGACUUUACGAAGACAUAUUGGAAGAGAUUGAGCAAUUGGCUAUGUUUAAGUAUGGAGCCUUGCCCCAUUGGGGGAAGAAUAGGAACGUGGCUUUUGAAGGAGUUUUAAACAAGUAUAAGAAUGGUCAAAAGUUUUUGAAGGUUAAAAAUGCUUAUGACCCUUUAGGGUUAUUCUCGAGUGAGUGGACUGACCAAGUUUUGGGACUUAAGGAUGGGAUAAGUAUAGUGAAGGAGGGUUGUGCAUUGGAAGGGUUGUGUACGUGUACAGAGGAUGCUCAUUGUGCCCCUAGCGAAGAUUAUUAUUGUCGACCAGGAAAAGUUUAUAGCGAUGCAAGGGUUUGCACUCGUUUGAAAUCCAAGGAUGAUAAUUUAUUGAAAAAGAUCGUAGACGCAGUCACUGACAAAAUUCAUGAUGAGCUUACUGAAGAAAUUCAUGAUGAGCUUUGAUCUUGUUUGGAGCUCUCUUCAUCUGCUUUAGAGUUCCAUUCAUUAAGUAAACCAAAAUUAUCGUUAAAAACAGAAAACAAUCAUUUCUACAUGCAUCUGAAAUGAUUUUCAUUAUAUUGCCCGUUACUUUUCUGUAUUUAUUAAUUAUCUCUUUCGUGAUUUUUUAUUGUUAUUGUUUUUAUGGUCUGGGAUCUCCCACCAAAUAAUUCUAUUAAGUUUUAUUUUUUUGUUUCUGUCAUUGUAAAUGUAAUUUAAUUGUGGGUUACUUAUAAAUUUGAAACUUUCACAGUGAUUUAAGUGA